GAAAUGUUUUUAAUUCAAGUUUUCUCUAAUCUUGCUUGAGCGUAGACAGAGAAUCUAUACAUAAAUGAAUACAAAAUUAAACUUUAUUGUUACAACACAACAGCAAGGCAUCUAAAUAUCUCGGUACCUUUAAAACUUAAAAUUUGUGGUUCAACCUAGUAAAUCUACAAAUUAUAGUAAAGUUGUGCAUUAACAUGUGCUACGUAACAUAAGAAAGCGGAUUACAGCUGAACAUUCUGCUUUCAACCAUGAAAUCCAGUAAGCGCCGACUCCAAGCUUUAACUGAAGGUACCGACGGAAUGCCGAACUAUCUCAAAAUGGAAGAUUCAGAAACUUCAAUUCCACCAGUAUUCCGAUCUCGUUUGCACGAGCUAUUUUCUCAAAUAGAAAAGGAGUUCGAUCUUCUUUAUACGGAAAAUUUGAACUUACAAGAAAAAAUUGAUAUAUUAAGUGAAAAACUUGAGAGGGAAAGUUAUAUUGGAGACAGACAGAAUGUGGAUUACAUUGAAUUUGAUGCUACUGGAAAAAAUUCUAAAGUAAAAUUAUCACAAAGCAACUCUCAAAAAGUAAAAGCGAGUCACAAGUUGAGGGUGCAAACAAGCAAAAUAGUGUCUAGUUUCAAAGCACCCACAUACAGUUGCCAACUGAUACGUGAGUUCACUGGUCACAAGGAUGGAAUCUGGGAUGUCACGUCAGCACGUCCUGGGCAGGCAUUGAUUGGAACUGCUUCAGCAGAUCACACAGCCUGUGUGUGGAGUGUGGAAUGGGGUAAAUGCCUUCUACAAUACACCGGUCAUUCUGGUUCAGUAAACUCCAUUCGAUUUCACCCGAGCAGAGACAUAGCAUUGACUAGCAGUGGUGAUAACACAGCACAUGUAUGGCAAGCUGCUGUGAACUGGGAUUUACCUCGUGGUCAAUCUUCUGAAGAGGAACUUGAAGGCGGAGGCGAGGAGAGUCUUGGGGAAGGCGGGGAUAGGCCUGAAGUGCUCCGCACACCACUUAUAGAGCUCAGUGGACACCAGGGCGUCGUGGUGGCGGCUGACUGGCUGACCGGCGGCGAUCACGUCAUCACCGCGUCCUGGGAUAGGACGGCUAACUUAUAUGAUGUAGAGACUGGGGACUGCCUGCAGGUUCUAACCGGGCACGAUCACGAGUUGACGCAUGCGUCCGCACAUCACAACGCGCGGCUCGUUGUCACCGCGUCCAGAGAUACGACCUUCCGACUCUGGGACUUCCGUGAGCCGAUUCACUCUGUUUCCGUCUUCCAGGGGCACACUGAAAGUGUAACAUCAGCUGUCUUCACGCGAGAGGACAAAGUCGUUUCCGGUUCGGACGAUCGCUCAGUAAAGGUGUGGGAUGUGCGGAACAUGCGGUCCGCGCUCGCUACGAUAAGGUCCGAUUCGUCGGUGAACCGCGUCGGCGUGAGCAGCGCCGGCCUCAUCGCCAUACCACACGACAACAGACAAGUGCGUCUGUUCGAUCUACAAGGACAGCGACUCGCCAGACUCCCCAGGUCGAGCAGACAGGGUCAUCGUCGCAUGGUGACGUCAGUGGCCUGGGCCGAAGACAUGUCCUCGAACAUUAACUUCUUCAGUUGCGGCUUCGACCGCCGCAUACUGGGCUGGUCUAUUCAACCGUCGAAGGAAAACUGAACAUGAAAAGGUAUCAUCACUGAUAAAUGAAUAAAUAAAUAAAUAUCAAAACGUUAGAUUAUCUAAUUAGAAAAAUGUAUUUUACUACGUAUUUAUUCGCCGUCUAUGUUUUUCGUGAGAAGAAAACGCUAUUGAGAAUUAUUAUCAAAAGAAGUUACUAUAAUGAAAAGGGUUUAUUAAAGUCAUCAAUCAAGAAGUGACGUUUAAAACUCACGAUAAAAGAAAUAAUCGUUCAGUAUAUAUUAUCUACGCUUGAAAGGCAAACGUGACUAAGCGACAAUAACUGCUUUGUACAUAAAUGAUAGGCAAUAACCAUAUUC